CGUUAAUACAAGAAAGUAAACUUCUCCAUUCUCAAGCCAUUACCACCAUCGAUUUCUAGCAACAAAUCAAAUUAAAAAUCCUAAUUUAUAGAGCUAUCGAACUUACCAUUUGUCUUUUGUCUUCGUUCAUCACUGUUUAAUCUUGUCUUUUCGAUAGCCUGCUUCUAUUUCAAUUCGUUUCCACUUUCCAUUUCACUCAACCCAUAUUAUUCCGUUUGCAUAGACCCUCUCCUGAAUAUAAAUCUAGUCAAUCAACCCAAUCAAACACAAUAUUACUCCAGCCCGCACAUCAUUAGUUAAUCAGUGUAAAAACCGUACAGCAAAAGAAAUGAUGUCAAGCAAUUUACAAGAUUCUUUCUCAACCGAAAACUUAGAGCUCAAAUCAGAGAUUAGCAAAAAUCUCAACGAUGAUGACGAUGAAAAUAGUUCUAAAAACCAAAGUGUAACUGGCUCUUCUCCUUUCUAUGCUAUAAAAAUAUUAUCAUUACCUCCCACCACUCAAUUAGAUUCUCUAACCUUGAAAUUUCUGAAAGAAAAGAACCUAAAUUCAGACGACUUGCAACUCAUCAAAAGGACGAGCGAUAAUGAAAUCACUCACAAUUUCAUUGAAUUUUUCCACAAUAAACAACUUUUGGACGAUUUCAUUGAAUUCUUCAAAAUCGAAGAGUCCGUGGAUUUAGAUUAUGAGCUCAUUGAUAAUGAAAUACAGCUAAACUAUCAAUUGCCAGGUCAUUUAUUCAUUCGUGGACUUCUGUACACUACAACUGCUCAAGAUCUUUAUAAUAUCUUCAAACCUUAUGGAGAAAUCCAUGCUUGUAAAGUCAUCUUCAAUGAUUAUGGAAUAUCGAAGGGAUUUGGGUUCAUCAAUUUUUCAAAUAAAGUCGAAGCUGAUAAUGCUAUUGAGAGCUUGAAUGGAUGUAACGUUGAUGGCAACAAUUUGUUCAUUAAUCACCACGUUUCCAAGAAGGAUAGACUUAAGGAAUUGGAGUACAAAAUGAAUAAGUUCUCGAACAUCUAUAUCAAAAAUUUACCAGCAGAUGUAACCAAAGUCGAACUAAGUGACCUUUUUGGAAAAUUUGGUAAAAUUAAUUCAAUCUUUUUGCCAAAAGAUUUGAAUCAUGAUGUCGAUAUCCAAAGUAACAUAGAUCACCACGAGCAUAAUUCCAAGGACGUUAUAAAUGAUGAUGUUCAAAAUGACGGAAGCAACGAUAGAGAAAGCGAAGAUAACCCUUCCUCAAAAGCAUAUGGUUUUAUAAAUUUCAAAUAUCAUGAGGACGCUAUUAAUGCCAGAAAAGAAAUGAAUGGCUUUGAAAUUAGACCAGGCUAUAAUAUUCAAAUCGAUCGUGCAGAAAGGAAGAAGGAGAGAAUCCAAUAUGAAAGUCUGGCUCAUCAUUUCAACAUCAACACCAAUAAAAUUUGUAGUAGUGAUAACGAUUCUACGAGCAGCGCUACUAUCACUAGAAAUAUCGAUAAUUCUGGUGAGUUUCAUAGAAUGAAUAAGGACGUUUACGAAGAACCAAGAAUAGAAAAAUUCCAAUCUCCUAUUGAUAGAUCAUUUUCCUUCUCUUCAAAUUCCUCUUCAAGAAGCAGACGACAAUCGUCAAUUACCAGUCCUCAAAUUUUACCAUCUUUUGCCAUGGUUAAUGGCAACUUCAACUAUGAUACAACAAGUAACCACAAUUACCAUAACUUUGUUCAUAAUCAGUCUCUAAAGAAUUCCAAUCAAAGAUUACAGUAUCCGCAAAUGUACCAGCCCAUAAUUCCUUUUACCUAUAACCAUAAGAACAAGUCGCAAGAAUUGUUGUUGCAACCUGAAAAGCAGCUGCAAAAAGCUUACCAGCAACAACAGCAACAACAGGUCCAGCAGCCUGUACAAUCACAACCUCAGCACAUUCAGGAAUCUCCGUACUUUGCAAAUAAUAAGAAUAAUGUUUAUGAUAGAAAAAUUGAUCACAGUAUCAGUAUGAUAAAAGGUAUUCCAAUGAACAACUAUCAACCGUCUAUAACAAACCAGAAUCCAGUAUUACCACCGUUCAUUAUCACACCCGACUCCAAUUUGAUCUCGACAUCAACAGGAUUACCGAUUGCCGGCCCUCAAUUUCAAGAUUCUAACUUGUAUGUGAUACAUUUACCAAAGGAGUAUUCAGAUGAGGAUUUGUAUGACCUUUUCGAGAAGUAUGGUAAGAUCACUUCAUCCAGAGUAAUUACUUAUCAACCCGAGGAAGUUGAGCAGUUGAACAAGAAGAAAAAAUAUGAUCGUGCAAAACAGGUUGAUUCCACUGCUGCUAUUCCUGACGCUAAGUUGGGGGUUCCAGAAGAUUUUGCCGCGGCUCAGCUUGAGAAUAAUAACAGUGCUUCAACUGAAAACCAGGAACUCAAUUCUGAUGCAGACCGUAUCCCUCUUGUUGGAGAGUCGAAAUGUUUUGGAUUUGUCUGCUUUCAAAACCCAGUAGAUGCUUCCAAAGCGUUAGUAUGUAUGAAUGGAUUUAAAGUUGACUCAAAUCAUGUUUUGAGGGUCACUUUUGCACAAAGGAAGGAAAACAAGUAUAAUCAAGGAAGGCUACACCACUAUAACCAAAACCAUCUCGGUGGACUUUAUCAGUAUGUGAACAAUUAUAACAAUAGUUACGCUCACAUCAUGACACCGAGUGGAAAUAUUCCACCUAUGCCAGCAUCAUCCAUACCGUCACUUUCUCCCAUGGGUGCGAUGCCAGCUAUGGGGCCUAUAGGUCCAGUGGCACAUUUGGGACCGAUGGCCCAUAUGGCACAGAUGGCUCAGAUGGCUCAGAUGGCCCAUAUGGCACCAAUUCCUCCUUCGCAAUUACCGCCAUCAACAUCGCCGUCAUUACCUACAGUGGCUAUGCAGCAUUCCCCGUCCAUUCCAUCAAUGAAUGGAGUAUCGAAUGUUCAAAGCUCCCCUGCAAUGGAGAUGAUGCACGGUGUCUCGCUCAUAGGUUCAAGUCAGCAUCAGCCUCAAUCUCAUUACUACCAGCAGCAACCGCCGCAAUAUCUGCCGCAAAAUUCUCCCCAGCAAGCAGCAAUCCCAGCAAUGAAUAGCAUAAGAUUAUCAGGAAUAACCAUGAUGAACAAUACUCCGGGUGUAAAUAAAUACAAUAACUGGUACUAUCCUAGUAGUUAUCACCAAGGCGGAAGCAGCCGAGAAAGAUACGAUGAGUUUCAAAAUCGUCAGAUGCUAGACGUUGAGAACGGGAUGCAAGACUUGACUAUAGGAUUAAGUGAUGAAGACGAUUAUGAAAAUUAUGAAGAAUACGAAGAUUAUGAAAAUUAUGAACAUACUAAUGAAGAUGGUGAUAUGAAUAAUGAUGAUGAUGCCCAGGUCGAGUCUGUUGAAGAAAUCACUCAUAAAAAUGCUUCAAUUUCAAGGUCAAGAAUUGAUUGCAAUAACAGAAGAAAUGAUGCCAAUAAUAAUUUCUCCAGCACUUCCAAUAACUCUAAAGCAAGGUCGAAAUAUACACGAGCUAAUAGUUACAACUCUCACUCGAGAAGAAACUAUAACAGUGGCAGUAAUAAUAGCAGCAGCGUUGAUAUUAACCAAAAUGGUUACUACAAUUAUAAUUACUACGACCACAACUACGGCAGUUAUGUUUACAACCGUGGCAAUUAUAAACAGCAUAAUAGAUCGCAUAGCAUGAUUAAUUCUGGGGGAUUUGGCUCUCAGAAAAGACAAGAACGAAGAGAGUGAAAUAUUCAGUUCCCUUUCUCAGCUUGUCUACCUAUUUAUUUAUUUAUUAAUUAGUUAUGAUUUUAUAUCUCCAAUUGAUUCAUUCCAUACUUUAAAAAGUCAAGUUUCAUUUAUCUCUCUUGUUCCUUUUCCAUAAUGUAAGCAUGUCUGUUGGUUUUUCUCGAUCAUGGUAGUAUGAUUAUUUCGUAUACCUCUAUAUAUAGGUUGAGUAAGUUAUUUAUUUU